UUUACUAGAAUUUCGAAAAAAACACUCAUGUCGAAUAAUGGAAGCCGAAAAUGACAAUAAAAAGCAGGGAUGGACUCUAAUCGACAAUGUUAUCUCGUGUAUUUUGUUAGUCUAUGCUGGAAUAGUCACUGCUUUCAUAUGCCCAAUUGUUUUCUUAUGCUUCUUCUACACAGCGGCACCUAUCAUGCUUUUCAGCACCGAAUUUCGAAAAUUUGUGAUGAAAAUUAUGGCUCGUGCUGGAAAUCUUCAAUUUAUAACUUGUGUCAGAAUUACUGGAAUCAAAGUAAUGAUGUCUGGUGACGGCCUUGAAAGACUAACUGAUUGUCGCGCAUUACUGCUUCCAAAUCAUCUCGGUCUAUUCGAUCACUUCAUAUUCAUGACUGCUGCUGAUUCAUUUGGAGUUAAUGCAGUUGGUCGAUGGAUCUUUGUGAUCUACAAUAUGUGGAUUUACAGUCCUCUCGGAUGGCUUUGGAGUAGUUAUGGCAAUUAUUUUAUUGAUUCUGUUCCACCGCACAAGAGAGCACAGACAUUGCACAGUUUGAGACGCCACUUUGACCGUAUCUAUCACGAAGUAGACCUCCGUUGGCUUUGUCUUUAUCCAGAAGGAUCUCGACUUUUUCUCAUCCAAAAGCGAAAUUCUGAAUUCGAGAAGAAAAGAGGAUUGCCUCCACUCACGAAUUGUGCGUAUCCACGUCUUGGCGCUGCUCUGAGUGCUAUCAAAGUUCUUGGACCAGAUCCAAAUAAUCCAUUGAAAUCAAAUAAUGGAAAAGGACCACCACUCGAAUAUCUGGUUGAUGUUACUCUUGGUUAUCCAGAUGGAAAUAUUCUUCCAUUAAAUGAAAUUUUCAUGUCAGCGUGGCGGAAUGGUGGUGGAAAACCCUUUGCGAUUCAUUAUGAGAUCUUUAAAAUGGAUCCCAAGUGGAAAGAUGAAGAAGAACUCAAAAAUUUCUUGUUUGAUCGGUAUCAGAAGAAGGAUAAGCUAUUGGAGUCGUACUACAAAACUGGAAGUUUCUCAUCGGAAUCAAAAGAAGCUCAAUUCCCAUCUGACAUGAUUCUUAUUGGAUUCCAUAUUCUUAUAAUGGGCCUUUUUGCACUACUCGUGAUUUUUCUUCUAUCGUUCGUUUAUUAGAAUCAAUUGGACUUUUGAAUGAAGUGAAUUUGAGAAAAA